AUGAGGUGCAAAGGGAGGGGAGGGAGAAGAGGGCGAAGGUGGUCCAGGGGAAAGGGGCUUCAGAAAGUUGUGCCGGAGGACUGGCCGAGACAGCAGCUUGGGGGCAGGGUUAAAGUCAGAGGGGAAGUGGGAGGCUACUGGGGGGACUGUGGGCUGGGCGCUGGUGGAUGGAAGGGGGAACCGCCGGGUGUUGCGACUUUUGUGAAGUCGGAGUCGAAAGUUGGGGCUGGGGCGGACGGAACAGAGGGGGCGGACGAGGGCUUUGAAAUUUAUAGGUCUGCUGUGAGUUUAGACGCGGAGGUGAUCGACGGAGCCAAAGAACGGAAGAUGAACGUUGGGGAGAUUGAUUUUUUCGUCAUGAUGGUUUCAAACGAGGCGGGGUUGGUAUGCAGGGACUUCGUGUUUUGACCGACAGAGCAAACAGAUGUGAAUCUUCGCUUGUGCUAGAAGGAAGAAGGAAAUAAUUGGCAAUCAAGUGGCAUGUGGGUCCAAAGGGAAGACGCAUCCUUAUUGGAAUGUCAAGAUCUGGUUAUGUCUUGGAUUCGGUUGAUCUCUGACUAUACGGAAGGCACUGAUUCAGAAUGCCAGCGACAUCCAACCACAGACUUUCGUUUAGGGCUUAGCUAGGCAGCCAGCGCAGGGUGUUACCUUAGUAUAGACUUUAGUUUAUAUCCUGUACCGUAGCGCAUGCCCGCCGAAGUGCGGCGUCAUUGAGAAGGGAAUUUGAAAUCCUUUUAGAAGAGGGUGGCGAUCAUCUGUAGUUACAUACAACAGACCGCCAUAGUUGCUUACAUACCUACAUUAGCAGGCUAAUAAAUGAUCUAGAGAUACUAGUCAGAAUAAUCACUUGGAUGCUGAGAGUGGAAGUUCUUCAACGUGGUUUAUGCAGGAGACUCUAGCUAACUGUAGGACAUUUCAAGAUUGCUUUGGAGCUAAUCAUU